GGCGGCCGGGCGCGCCCGGAGAAGUGGCUUUGCCUGGGGGCGAGAGGCAGAGGUGCACUCGGUGAUAGAAGAAACAUGGCCGAGUAUACGCGGCUGCACAACGCCUUGGCGCUGAUCCGCCUCCGAAACCCGCCGGUCAACGCGAUCAGGUAACGUGCUCGGUCGCCUCCAGCCCGGGGACCGUGCGGGCCUUACCCGCCCUCCGGCUCCGGAGGCUUUGACUCUCCCCCGCUGGUUUAAACCGAGAAGGACACUCAGAGUUGAGCAACUGUACGGCUGUACUCCGUGAUGUAAAAGAAGGACUACAGAAAGCUGUAAUAGACCAUACAAUAAAAGCCAUUGUGAUUUGUGGAGCAGAGGGCAAAUUUUCUGCAGGUGCUGAUAUUCAUGGCUUCAGCGCUCCUAGGACAUUUGGCUUAACACUGGGACAUGUAGUAGAUGAAAUACAGAGAAAUGUGAAGCCUGUGGUGGCAGCAAUCCAAGGCAUGGCUUUUGGAGGGGGACUAGAGCUGGCCCUGAGCUGUCACUAUAGGAUUGCCCAUACAGAGGCCCAAGUUGGCUUACCAGAAGUUACACUGGGACUUCUCCCUGGUGCAAGAGGAACCCAGCUUCUCCCCAGACUCAUUGGAGUUCCUGCUGCACUUGACUUAAUUACCUCAGGAAGACAUAUUUUAGCAGGUGAAGCACUCGAGCUGGGCAUUCUAGAUAAAGUUGUGAACUCAGACCCGGUUGAAGAAGCAAUCAGAUUUGCUCAGAGAGUUUCAGAUCAACCGCUAGAAUCCCGUAGACUCUGCAACAAGCCAAUUCAGAGCUUGCCCAACAUGGACACCAUUUUUAGUGAGGUCCUCUUGAAGAUGCAGAAGCAGCACCCUGGGUGUCUUGCUCAGGAGGCUUGUGUCCGUGCAGUCCAGGCUGCUGUGCAGUAUCCCUAUGAAGUGGGCAUCAAGAAGGAGGAGGAGCUGUUUCGAUAUCUUUUUCAAUCAGGGCAGGCUAGAGCCCUGCAAUAUGCUUUCUUUGCUGAAAGGAAAGUAAAUAAGUGGUCAACUCCCUCCGGAGCAUCGUGGAAAACAGCAUCAGCACAGCCCGUCUCCUCAGUUGGUGUUGUUGGCUUGGGAACAAUGGGCCGAGGCAUUGUCAUUUCUUUUGCAAGGGCCAGAAUUCCUGUGAUUGCUGUAGAUUCAGACAAAAACCAGCUAGCAACUGCAAACGAGAUAAUAACCUCUGUCUUGGAAAAAGAAGCCUCCAAAAUGCAACAGAGUGGCCACCCUUGGUCAGGACCAAAACCUAAGUUAACUUCAUCUAUGAAGGAGCUUGGUGGUGUGGAUUUAGUCAUUGAAGCAGUAUUUGAGGAAAUGAGCCUGAAGAAGCAGGUCUUUGCUGAACUCUCAGCCGUGUGCAAACCAGAAGCAUUUUUGUGCACUAAUACUUCAGCCCUGGAUGUUGAUGAGAUUGCUUCUUCCACUGAUCGUCCUCACUUGGUCAUUGGCACCCACUUCUUUUCGCCAGCUCAUGUCAUGAAGUUGUUAGAGGUUAUUCCCAGCCGAUACUCUUCCCCCACUACCAUUGCCACUGUUAUGAACUUAUCAAAAAAGAUUAAAAAGAUUGGAGUUGUUGUAGGCAACUGUUUUGGAUUUGUGGGGAAUCGAAUGUUGAAUCCUUAUUACAAUCAGACAUAUUUCUUGUUAGAAGAAGGCAGCAAACCAGAGGAGGUAGAUCAGGUGCUGGAAGAGUUUGGUUUUAAAAUGGGACCUUUUAGAGUGUCCGAUCUUGCUGGGUUGGAUGUGGGCUGGAAAUCUAGAAAGGGGCAAGGCCUUACUGGACCUACAUUGCCUCCAGGAACUCCUGCCCGAAAAAGGGGCAAUAGGAGAUACUGCCCAAUUCCUGAUAUGCUCUGUGAAUUAGGACGAUUUGGCCAGAAGACAGGUAAGGGUUGGUAUCAAUAUGACAAGCCAUUGGGUAGGAUUCACAAACCCGAUCCCUGGCUUUCCAAAUUCCUAUCACAGUAUAGAGAAACCUAUCACAUUGAACCACGUACCAUUAGCCAGGAUGAGAUCCUUGAGCGCUGCUUAUAUUCACUUAUCAAUGAAGCAUUCCGUAUCUUGGGAGAAGGGAUAGCUACUAGCCCAGAGCACAUUGAUGUUGUCUAUUUACAUGGAUAUGGAUGGCCAAGGCACAAGGGCGGGCCCAUGUUCUAUGCUUCCACAGUUGGGUUGCCCACAGUUCUAGAGAAGUUGCAGAAAUAUUACAGGCAGAACCCUGAUAUUCCCCAACUGGAGCCCAGUGACUAUCUAAAAAAACUGGCUUCUCAGGGAAACCCUCCCCUGAAAGAAUGGCAAAGCUUGGCAGGCUCCCCUAGCAGUAAGUUGUGAUUCAGCCUUCCAGAUUAUGCCUCACAUGCUAGCAUCAGGUAAUGCUCACGAAUUUCAGUGAAAUUAAAUGAAAAAUCCAAAGUAAGAUUGUUCUGAAAUACAAAGCAAAAGAAAUAAUCAGUAGAGUCUUCUGUGUGACGACUCUAAUGGUCAAAUCUUUAGGAAUGUGUUUCCUAUGCCUCUGAAUCUGUCCUUAUCAGAUAAAUUCAAUGCAUGAACUUGUGUGAAUGUAAUAUCAUAAUCGCUGAUGAAAGAGGCUCAGGCAUAAGUUGAGAUUCUCAGAUGUUUUGAUCAUUGGAUAAAUGUGUCAUCAAUUAAUAAAUGAUAAAUGCAGCUAAGUCAUACAUUGAUUUUGACUCCUUUCAAUGUCACACACAUAGUAUUGAUCAGAAAUCUUAUGAAUCAUACAUACACUCAACAAACAUUAAAGUCGUGGGGAAAACAGUUGGAAAUUGCUAAGGGAACUGAGUACUUCAAACCAUUACAGGGAACUCAGAUUAGUAUGGCAAGCCUUUCCUCUUCUGGUCUUUCCUCUUCUGUUUAUGAAGAAAUAAUAGAAAGGAGUAAGUCGUUAACUUAGUGUAAGAAGGGUCUUAGAGAACAUCUAACCUUCUAGAAUUUCCCAAUUCUAUGAUAGAGUAAUGACGCCAGUUUCCCUGUCAUGACAGGCCUCUGUGAUGUUACAUAUGGAAAUGGUUGAAUCUUGAAAAAUCUAAAAUUGUUGCAAAACAUAUUUUGUAUAAUUUUGUUAUAAGAGUUCUUCUCUUUUUACGUUUUGCGUUGUGUAGUUAAAAAUUAAGGGGCUGGUCAAUACAAAAACUUGUACACAAAUAUUUAUAGCAGAAUUAUUCAUAAUGGCCAAAAGUUGGAUAAAACCCAAAUGUCUAUUAACUAAUGAAUAGAUAAAUCUGGUAUAUCCAUACAAUGGACUAUUAUUCAGCCAUAAAAAGAAAUAAAGGACCAGGCACAGUGGCUCACACCUGUAAUCCCAGCACUUUGGGAGGCUGAGGCAGGAGGAUUGUUUGAGGUCAGAAAUUUGAGACCAGCCUGGGCAACAUAGCAAAACCCUGUCUCUAUAAAAAAAUACUUCCCGUACAUUAGUGGUUGCCUAAGGCUAGAAUUAGGGGUGAUGAAUGGGGAGUACAGGAUUCAUCUAAUAGGUACAGGAUUUCUCUAUGGAAAUGAAAAUGGUCUAAACUUAUUGUGGUAAUGGUCACAUAACAAUAUAUUAAAAAUGAUUGAGUUGUAUAUUUUAAGUGGGUGAAUUAUAUGGUAUGUGAAUUGUAUCUCAAUAAAGUUGUUAGUAAAUAAAUGGGGCUGAAGAUGUUAUCCUUCAUUGUGGUGGAAAUGAACUUUCACAAUAUUUUCACCUGUGAACCCAGACAAAAUGAAAGUUCUGAUGGAAAAAUCUUGAAUGAAUAGAGUAUAAGUUUUCCGUUGUUAAAGAGCAAACAAAAAACCAAUAAAAAAUCCAAGUGUGCCUUGAAUUGUACAGAGCACAAUUAUUACGUUUGAAAUAUAUACUACUUAAUUUUAUAUAAUUUGUUUGUGAAAUCAAAGACAUCAAUGAAAAUGAUUCCUGAAAGUAGUAA